AUGUGGGAGCGCACCAUCGAGUCGCUACGAACCGCCACUAGUCGGGUCAAGAAGCUGCUGCUGCACCACCAACCUUCAAAGAAUCAAAAGCGCCCGAUAACACAGCGUUCGGUUUCAAGAGCCUCGUCGAGCUCCGCUAGCACGGCGGCGUCGUUUGUCUCGUCCAUCGACGCCUUCUCGGGGGAAAGUGUGGUGGAUAAGCAGCAGCAGAGCGGUUGGGGAUGGAACUGGGAGUCGGACUGGACCUAUGCCGAUGAAAUCGCCCCACCGUUUCCUGUCUCACUAGACACUCCGCGUCGACGCAGCAAUACUAUGCCCUCCAUCCUACCCAGCAUAACCAUCACCCCUCCCGAGCCAAAACGUCCACUCGGUAGGAGCAACACCCACUCGAUUCGAAGAAAACCACCUCCGAGACUCGAACCGACACUCACACGCACACUCUCCAGACGCAGAUCACAAAGCGAAUGA